AUGGUGAAAGAAACUGUGCAACAAUCUGUAACUCCAACAAUAGACUAUCUAUUGUUUUAUGUAAAUGGAAACAAAGUUAUCGAACAUCAUGCAGAACCUGAUUGGACUCUUCUUUGGUACCUGAGAAAUAAACUUGAUUUGACUGGAUCGAAAUUGGGCUGUGGUGAAGGUGGAUGUGGUGCAUGUACCGUACUUGUAUCACGAUGUGUAGAUCGAAAUUCUGGUGCUCUUGAGCAUCGAACAGUUAAUUCUUGUCUCGCACCACUAUGUUCGGUUGACGGAUGUCACGUUGUAACAAUCGAAGGAAUAGGUUCAGUUGCUAAAUCAAAUAUGCAUCCAGCACAAUCACGUAUUGCUGAAAUGUAUGCGUCUCAAUGUGGUUUUUGUACACCUGGUAUUGUUAUGUCAUUAUAUGGAACUUUAACAUCAUCAGAUCAUCCUCAUACAUCGUUAACAGUACAAGAUAUUGAAGAUGCAUUCGAUGGGAAUCUUUGUCGUUGUACUGGCUAUCGACCAAUUCUUGAUGCUGCGAAAACAUUUGCAACAGAUAUCAAUACAUUACCAUGUAAAGAUUCAUCAGCAUCAAAAUCAAUUUCAACAACAUUGGACAAAUGUCUUUCAUUUGUCGAAGAAAGUAAUAAAGAAAUCACUAAAGUAGAGUUUCCUCAGGAAUUACGUGAAUACAUUCCUCAAUUUACGUAUAUUAAAGGUUCAACAAUUGAAUGGUAUCGCCCUGUCACUCUUCAUGAAUUACUUCGUCUACGUUCUACGUAUCCUGGUGGUGCAUCAAAACUUGUUUAUGGUAAUACAGAAGUACAAAUUGAAACAAAAUUCAAACGUCUUAAAUAUCCACGUUUUAUAUGUAUAACAAAUAUUGAAGAACUUCAACAGAUGAAACGUACACCAACAUCAUUGAUUGUUGGAGCUGGCGUUACAUUGACACGUUUACAAGCUAAACUCGCUCAAUGGAAUGAUCCAAAAGUAGACGGUGGAGUUUGCCAAGCUCUUAUUGAUCAGUUGAAAUAUUUUGCAUCAACACAAAUUCGAAAUGUUUCGUCUCUUGGUGGAAAUAUUGUAAAUGCUUCACCUAUUUCGGAUGUCAAUCCAAUACUUCAAGCUGCUGAUGCUGUUUUAGAAUUACAUCGAACAGAAACAAAUUCAGUUCGGCAUGUACCAAUCACUGAUUUUUUUCUUGCUUAUCGUCGUGUGGCAAUGGCCGAUGAUGAAAUACUUGUCAAUAUUCAUAUUCCACUACAAUUAUCAACAAAUAAAACAUUUCUUCGUUCUUAUAAACAAGCACGUCGUCGAGAUGAUGACAUCGGCAUUGUUAGUGCUGGCCUUCACGUUGAACUUGAACCUGUUGAGUCAACAGAUAAACAACAAUGGCGUAUUGUUUGUACACGUUUUUCAUUUGGGGGAAUGGGACCUACAACGAUUUUAAUAAAAAAAAUUCAAAAAGAAUUGGUCGGGCAACCAUGGACACGAGCAACUAUUAAAAAAGCAUGUGAACUAGCAUUAGAAGAAAUGCCACUAAAUGAACUUACUCCUGGUGGUCAACCAGAAUAUCGACGAGCAUUAGUUCAAUCGUUUCUUUACAAAUUUUAUAUUUAUGUUUGUUCUGAAUUACAGCAAUCAUCUGUUGAUCCGAAAGAACUUUCCGUUGCUCAUAAAUAUCAUCGAGCAAUAUCUCAUGGUCAGCAGACAAUUCCUGAGCGACCAGCAUCACAUAAAAUCAUUGGUACAUCAUUACCUCUUCGUGCAGGUUAUUUACAAACAACAGGCGAAGCUAAAUAUAUCGAUGAUAUGCCUUCAUUACCUCAUACUGUCUAUGGUGCAUUCGUACUUGCCACGCAGCCUAAUGCUCGAAUUAAAAAUAUCGAUCUUGGUGCUGCUUCUAAAGUGCCUGGCUUUGUUUCAUUCGUUAAUCAUAAUGAUGUUCAAGGUAGUAAUAUGACGGGCGAUGUUGUGCAUGACGAAGAAGUAUUUGUUUCAUCAGUGACACCAUGUGUGGGUGCAGUUAUUGGAAUCGUUUUAUGUGAAACGGAGCGAGCUGCUCAUGCAGCUGCUCAUCUUGUACAAAUUGAAUAUGAACUAUUGACACCAACAUUGUUUACAAUCGAUGAUGCUAUCGAACAUAAUUCUUAUUUAGGCGAUGAAAGACGUCUUUGGCAAGGAGACGUUGAACAGGCACUUUCGGAAGCUGAACAUACUCUUGAAGGAACAGUAUUAAUUGGUGGUCAAGAACAUUUUUAUUUGGAAACAAACUGCUGUAUGGUUGUACCAUCAAAUGAUGAUCAAGAACUAACAAUCUAUUCGUCAACACAAAAUCCAAGUAAACUGCAAGAAUUAACUGCACUAGCAGUUGGUUGUGCUUCUAAUCGUGUAACAUGUCAUGUUAAACGUAUGGGUGGAGCAUUCGGUGGUAAAGAAUCAAGAUCAAUCGCUCCAUGUAUUUCUGUAGCAAUAGCUGCUGUGAAAGUUGGUCGUCCUGUUCGUAUGAAUAUUGAACGUGAUGUUGAUAUGAGUAUUACCGGACAACGUCAUCCAUUUAAAAUACAAUAUAAAGUUGGUUUUACAAAUGAAGGUCAAUUUACAGCACUUGAUGCUCGUUUAUGGAGUAACGCUGGAUAUUCAUUUGAUCUUUCAAUGGCAGUUUUAGAACGAGCCAUGCUUCAUAUUGAUAACGCAUAUCGAUUUGUCAAUGUUCGAGUACGUGGACGUUUAUGUAAAACACAUUUACCAUCAAAUACAGCUUUUCGUGGUUUUGGUGGACCACAAGGUCUGUUUGGAUGUGAAACAAUUGUCGAUCAUAUUGCUACAUAUCUUAAACUUGAUCCAGCUGUAAUUCGUCGUUUAAAUAUGUAUCAAGAAGGAGAUAUAACACAUUUUGGUCAACCACUAGAGAGAUGGCAUAUACCUCGACUAAUGGAUGAACUCACCAAAUCAAGUGAUUAUGUUCAACGACAAAAAAGCAUUGAAGAAUUCAAUAAAUUACAUACAUAUAGAAAACGUGGUAUAUGUAUGAUGCCAACAAAAUUCGGUAUUGCAUAUACAGCAAAAUUUCUUAAUCAGGCUGGUGCUCUAGUUCUUAUUUAUAAAGAUGGUUCUGUAUUAAUCAGUCAUGGAGGUACCGAGAUGGGACAAGGUCUUCAUACAAAAAUGGUAUCCGUAGCUGCUGAAGCUUUACGUUGCAAUGUUAAUCUUGUACAUAUUAGUGAAACAAGUACAGAUAAAGUAGCGAAUACAAGUCCAACAGCAGCAUCAGCUUCAUCCGACUUGAACGGAAUGGCUAUUCGUAUUGCAUGUGAACAAAUACGUGAGCGAUUAGAUAAACUUCUUGUUGGUGACAAUGUCCAUCUUUCAUGGGAAGAUCUCGUUAGAAAAGCAUAUUUCUUACGUAUUGAUUUAUCUGCACAUGGUUUCUAUGCAACACCUGAACCAUUAGGUGGAGAUUUCCCGAAUAAUCGAGCACACUUUAAUUAUUUUACACAAGGUGCUGCAGUAAGUGAAGUUGAAUUAGAUACAUUAACAGGCGAUUGGCAUAUUUUACGUACUGAUAUUCUCAUGGAUGUUGGCACAUCACUUAAUCCUCAAAUUGAUAUCGGCCAAGUCGAAGGUGCUUUUGUACAAGGUGUUGGCUUAUUUACAAUGGAAGAACUCAUUUGGGGCGAUCAUAAACAAUAUAAAUGGACUAAACCAGGUGCCCUAUUUACUCGUGGUCCAGGUACAUACAAAAUUCCAUCAUUUAAUGAUGUUCCUAUUGAUAUGCGUGUGGAACUUCUUUCUGAUGCACCUAAUCCUCGAGCAAUUUAUUCAUCAAAAGCUGUCGGUGAACCACCACUUUUCCUUGGUGCAUCGGCAUUUUUUGCACUUAAAAAUGCUUGUAUGGCAUACAGAGAACAACAAGGUCAUUCAGGAUACUUUAUUUUAAAUUCACCAGCAACUGUUGAACGACUUCGUAUGGCUUGUGCAGAUGAAUUUACUGAACGAGCAUGUAUGAAUGAACAUGACACAUUUCAAGCGCGUGGUUCUUUUUAA